ACAUUUUGUGUUUAUUCUCGCGUCACAUACGGCAACUCCGCAACAAUUUUCUAUUUGGCCAGAAGACAAUUGCAGAAAGUUUUCACCCGAAAAAAGCAGCUAAUAUUCGCCAAUUGCAGAUGAAUGGAGUAAUUAAGCGUAAAUUGUGCACAUUUUGUAAGCCAGCAGCGCUGCAGUGACCGUUUGCGAGCCUUUCUGUUGCUGCGCCCAGCAAGAGCAGCCACAACAACAGUAGCAGCAGCAGCAGCAGCAGCAGUGACAACAACAAUUGCAAAAAUUCGGCCAGCUGCAUUUGACAUCUCUUUGGUCAGCGUUAUUAUUAUGGACAAAAAAUCCUCGCCCGUGCGACGACAAAAGCGCCAAGCGAAAGUAAUUGAGGAGAAUUUCUGGGACUGCAGCGUCUGCACGUACAGGAACUCGGCGGAGGCGUUCAAGUGUCGCAUGUGUGACGUGAGAAAAGGCACCUCGACGCGCAAACCGCGCCUGAACUCGGCGCUAGUCGCUCAGCAGGCGGCCACAUUGCCCGGCGCCAGUGGUAACAUGCCCAACGGCAAACCGGCGUCCAGUUCGCGGCAUGGCAGCGGGCACGACAGGCAGCGACACAAACGGUAUCCAGCGCGUUUGAAGAACGUGGAUCGCUCGACGGCGCAGACGCGUGAGGUGACCGUGAAUUCGGUAACCGUUUUCAUCACAGAAUACAAGGCCAAGCCGGUGAGCAGCCGGCGUGAGUCGAGUGAACAGAGCUUCAGCGAGAGCAACGAUAGCCGGAGUUAGGUUUAAAUGAUAAGCGCGUAAUUUGUGUUCCCAAUUAUAUCCUUUUUUUUUUCUUUUAUAUAUGUAUUGAGAGAUAUAUAUAUGUGCUUAAAGAUAUUCUCUGUCGGUGAACGGCCACGAUUCCUUUCCCGUCUCCGUCCCCUAUUCACAUACACACACACACACACGCGAAUCUAAUGUCGUCUUAGUGUACAACUAAAAAUUGUAAAUUCUAAUAUUAGGCCUAAGUACAAUUGUAAAUCUAUAGCCUGUUCUUAAGUUAGCAAGUAUUAAGCGAUAUUCAUGUUCUGUAAAACAGCAGCCACAGCAUCUGACGAUGAUCCCCAUGCAUAAGAACUUCCACUUAUACUGGCUUUAGUAGCCAAUGACUGCAUUUAAAAGACGCUGUGGCUCCGCUGCAUUCUCGAACGAGAAACAAUGUAAUUGAAUGUGAAGUCGAGAACCUUGUAUAUAUAUACAUAUAUGUUUUUCAACCAAACAAAAUGAAAACAAAACAAAACAAAAAAAAACAACAACUGUCUCGUAUUGUAAUAUUUGAUUCCUAAUUUAUUGAUUUGUAAGCGCAUCUUAUACAUACAUAUUUAUAUAUGUUCUACAAAUCUAUUGUUUAUAAGUGUCAAAUUGAAAAUAUAAUUCGAAUAAGUGCAACUGCGAAAUGUUCUAUGUUCACAACACGCCCAUUCAAUGGGCAGACAAAGCGACGACGCUCGUUUAUGUAAACAACAAAACAACAACAACAACAAAAAAAUGUGAAAAGAAUACCUGAUUCUCAAUUUGUCUGUAUUACGACUGUGUAUGUAGCUGUAUGUAGGUUGCAGCAGCAGAUCCAAUAACCAAGUUCAAGUGUCUCCAUUAAAUGGUUUGUGUUUUUUUUCAUCAUUA